AUGAGGCGUUCCCGCUGGUCGAGGGGGCAGAUGGAGGAGAGGACGAGCUGCGCAACCAGAUUGAGUUGCUCGUGAAUGAGGUAAAAGAGAAAAAAAAAACACAUUUUUUUUUAUUCUAAAACAAUACGGCUACUCUUCUCUUGUAGAGAGAGCGCAAAAGAAAGAAGAUCGCUAACUCAUGAAAAAAACCAAACAGUACAUCAACAAGACCUUCUCUCUCGCCGCUCCCAACCUCACCAUCAACGGCCUCCCCGUCGCACCCGAAUCCUUCGUCGGCACCGCCGUCCCCGCGCCAAACACCGUCUACGAGCCCUUCGACGCCCGCAAGCGCCGCCAGGUCGCCGACCUCAUCACGCAGGAGGAGAAGCUGCUCGAGGACGUCGCCGCGCUCAAGCGCUCCGUGCCCGCAAAAGUGGCCGCCGACCACGCCGAGCGCAUCCGCGCGGCCAUGCGGCAGGACGAGGACGAUCUCCGCGAGCGGGUCGCCAGGGACGCUUCGGCGGCGGAGGCUGACGAGGCCGGCACGGCGGCUGGAGCUGCGAGAGGCCCGCCGCUGGCUGCGCGGCUGCAGAGGCAGGAGGGUGUUGAGGGGGGCUUCAAGAGCGCGGUUCAGGGGCUGAACCGGCUCAAGAGGGAUAUGCCGGCUGUCGUGGCCAAGAUGGAGAGGGCUAGAGUAGCGGGCGAGUACGUCGUUUCCAAAGGGCGGUGAUGAAGUUAAGAAAAAAAGAAGAAGAAGAAGAAGCGGUGUUGAGCGAUCUCAUCUUGUGUGAGGGAGAGGUGCAUAUGCAGCAUUGCUUUUUGGUGUUUUUUGGGACCCUCGUAUCGGUGGUGCUGCUGCCCCCCAUGUGGUUUGGUUCUGGUGUUUGAUUCGGGCAUUUUUCUGCCAGCUGCUUUGCUUAGCUCCCGGCCAAUAUUGUGGGAUUCUACCAGGGUGGCCGCUGUUCUUUUGUUGUUGGCAUUCAGGCGUCAAGGGCACGGCGUUAUCAAGUUUACGACUGCGGAGUACUACUACUGCGAUUUUACAUGUUGAGUUUCAACCUUGUUUGGCUUUUAUAGUGUUUUCAUUGAAUACAUUGGGGGAGUCUAGAAUUAUCAUUUGUG